CGUGUUUGCUUGUAUUUGUAUUUCCCUGACUCAUCCGCGAGAAGGAGGGUGGCUCAGAGGCCGUCCGACAUUGCGGACCGGGCUGGCGAGGGGCUCACCUCAUCGCCGCAGCCGUUGACCGCACGAACGGAAAGAAGCUGAGAUGACGGGCCAACGUGAAGCCGCCGAUGUCAACAACAGCGCCUCCAAGGGUGGAAUUUUGGAAUGGCUCUGGCCGCCGCACUAUGACCAGGCGAUCACGUAAGUUCACCCGACUCUUGGAUGAUUACCUUCAAGUGUCUGUCUGUCUGUGUGUUUCCUCAUGCAGCGGGUCGGUGUUCGAGUAUUGGGGGUGUGCCCCGGUGAGUACGCUUGUCACUAGGAUCCUGUUCGCCAUCUGUAAGACAGACACAAGCAAUGCAACAAACACAGCAGGCCUGCAGUGGUCAGGCAGCCGAACGAUCCCCUUCUCUCUUUUUGCAGAUUUCGUCGUGUGGUUUGCCCUUGGUUUUGAGGUCAGUCCACAAAGACGGAGAGGGCUCGUCAUACGGGAGGGAGGUACCGGUCUAUUGCUUGGUGAUUGUGUGGCCUCAGAGAAAUCUCACGGGCGAGUAUUUUGCAUUUUUGACGAUUUGGGGCUUCAUUAUUAGCGGUGACCAUGAGACAUCUGAUGUUUGACGGAGACACAACAUGGCUUGACACCAGUGGCCUUGCGUUAUUGCUGCAGGCGGUUAUGCGAUUGCGUCUGUCGUCUUGAGCUCCUACCAAUUGCAAGGCGACAAGGACGCUGGCGGGCGUCCCCUGCGCCGAUGGACAUGUGUCCUGUUUGAGAUUGCCCUUCCCUUCGAGGCCGUGAUCACCAUACUGUUUUGGACCCUCCUCUGGCUCCCAAGGCACGUGUCAUCACACAAUACACUGUGACCUGCCUGCCUGUGUCGCUUCUUUUCUCCUUUGCAGAUACCUGGAUGGUGACGAGAACUUUGACUACGACUUCGCCGUGACUGUGCAGCUUCACGGAGGCGGGCUCCUGCUGCUGGUCAUCGAGUUUGUGCUGAACCGCAUCCCCUUCUUCAAUCGCCAUCUGCUGGUGUCUCUAAUCGUUGGCUGCCUGUAUAUCCCUGUGAAUGCCGGUCAGAGACACAUGAGAUCAGUGCACUGACAAUUCUCAGCUGAGUCGGAUGCGACUCCGAGUGUGUGUGGCAUGUGCCAUGCAGCCGUGACCUUGAUUCGAGAUGACCCCAUCUACGACAUCAUUGAUUGGAUGACCCCGCUGUCCGCCGUCUUUGCGCUGGGGUCUCUCGCUGGUGCGCACCGCCAGCAGUGCUCUCCCGUGGACCCAUUGGCAUUGUGAGAUUGCGUGUUCUCUGUCCUCCAGGCUUGGCGAUAUUCCACUAUUUCUUCAUGUGUCUCCGGCGUCAUGCCAUGUCGUCCGACAAGCCGGCAGAGGUACCAGCAGGACAUGGGGUGUGAGCCGCCUUGCCUGGUCGGUGCAUCCUCAUGAAGGCGCGUGACGGGCUGAUGAGUCCAUAUGUAAGCUGCCGACUGUGUGUAUGACGUCUGGAAGAGACAUUAGUGUUCGCGCUAUGGGACCAAGCUGUUAGGCUUGUGUUCCAUCCUGAGAUGGUUGAACGGUGGAUGUCUGAGUGUGGGGGCGUGUGUGUGUGUGGGGGGGGGGGGGGGGGGGG